CUCCAACCCCACUGUAAUUGUCACUCUAUUUUAUCAAGUACUUUCUGUGGAUAAACAAAAGCAACUGGGACUCCUAACCCUAAUCAUUGCUAUAGUGUGCCAGACCAUGUGAUGUGGCCUCUCUUUUGACAACCUGUUUUUCUUAUUUUGGUGGUAGCUGUUCAUCACCUUCUUCUUCCCGAAAGUUCACUUAGCCUUCUUUUAGGGGUUGUUGCCAACCAUAUCAUUCCUUUUUCACCUUUCUGCUUUAGUUUCUCUGCUUUUAGUUUCACUUGGACCUCUAAGCUACUGGAAGUCGAGUGAUCACCUUGAAGUUGAAUUCUGAUGGCUACUGAAACUGUUGCAUCACCUCCGGUUCCUACUACUGAUGAUGAGCAAGUUGCAAAGAAGGUGAGUGAAGAGAGAAAGGCUGAUGAAGAAGAUGGUGUUCCUUUAACCAAAGAGAAUGGAGAAGAAAUACUUAAAACUGAUGAUUCAUUAAGUCUAGAAACACCACAUAAAUCUGAAGCUGUCGAUCAUGAGAAGAUUGAACCUCCUGUAGUUGAGGCUGAGGAGAUUGUUGAUGCUCCUGUCUCAGAUUUUCCACUUGUAGAUGAAACGAAGGUCAGAAAUGACCCCAUUCCUGAUAUUCUAGAGCAAGUGGAUGAGGCUGAGAAGAAUGCUGAUGCUGCUGUCUCAGAUAUUCCACUUGUAGAAGAAUCAAAGGUGGAAAGUGACCCCAUUCCUGAUAUUCCAGAGCAAGUGGUUGAUGCUGUGAAGAUCCCGGAGGAGGUUGAGAGUUCAACUGAGUCUAUAGUAAGAGAAGCAUCAAAAGAACCAGCUAUAGAAAUCAUAGAGGAAGGGCAAGUAGAACAACCAAAGAUAGUUGAUGCUCCUCAAUCAUCAUAUGAAGCUAUUGAGAAACCAGUUGAGCCACUGGAGGUUACUACUGACAAAGAGUCAGUGGAAACAGUCCUAACAGAGAUUAAAGAUUCAGAACUGGAAUCUUUGGAAGUCCAGAAGCCAGAACUUGCUACUGGUGAAGUGGAGGAAAAGCCAGGAGAGCCAUCUGAAGUUACUCAAGAAGUUGAGACAAAGCUUGAGGAGGUUGAACUUGAGAAAAGCGUGCAGGAUGAAAAGGUGAAAGAUGAAGGGCCUGCAGCUGAUAAGGUUGAGCCUAUCCCAUUCUUGGAGGAAGGGAAAACUGAAGCAGAGAACACACAUAGUCUAGAAGUGGAGGAAGCACCAGAGCAACCCAAAGUUAAAGAAGAAGAGAAAACACAUGAUGAAGUUGGAGCUGAAAAAAGUCUGGAGGAUAAUAUUGUGAAAGAUGAAGGGUCUAAGGUUGAAGCUUCCACAAUGCUAGACGGGCAAACUGAUAAAGACUAUGAAUCUAGUCAAGUCAAAACUCCAGAAGUGGUUUUGCUUAAUAGAGAUGGAGCAGAUUAUUCUCUACCUGACGCCACAGAAACAGUUGCUUCUGAGGACCAAAAGAAUGAAGUAACUGAGGUUGAUGUGGUUGAGAAGCUACAAGAAGAGGCAGCUGUGGAGAUUGAAAAGGUUGGAGGAGAGGUUCUGGAAACUCAAGAGACUGAAAAGGAAAUUGCUGUAACUGAAUAUUCAGCUGAACCAAUUAAAGAGGAAGAAAAGGCAGGACAAAAUGGGAUUGAGGUAGUUGAGAAACUAGCAGAAGAGGCAUCGGUAAAGUUGGAAACAGUACGAGAAGGAAAUGUGGAGACUCUGGAGAUUGAAGAGAAGGAAAAGAGUAAUGUGAUAACUGAGGAAUCAACUCAACCAAUUGAAUUAGACGAAAAGAAAGAACUAAGUGGACUUGAUGCAGUUGAGAAGCUCGCAGAAGAGGCACCAGUAAAGUUGGGAACGGUUGGAGAAGAAAAUGUGGAGACUCUGGAGAUUGAAGAGAAGGAAAAGAGUAAUGUGGUAACUGAGGAAUCAACUCAACCAAUUGAAUUAGACGAAAAGAAAGAACUAAGUGGACUUGAUGUGGUUGAAAAGCCCGCAGAAGAGGCAGCAGUGGAAGUCGAAAAGGUUGGAGAAAAGAACGUGGAAAGUGAGGAUGGAAAGAGUGUGAUAACUGAGGAUGAAAAGAAAGAUUUAAGUGGUGCUGAUGUAAUUGAGAAGAUAGCAGAUGAGACAGCGGUGAAGUUGGAAGAGGUUGGAGAAGAUAAUGUGGGAAAGAUUGCUGAAACCAAUGAGAGUGAAAAGAAAGAUGAGAUAAUUGAGGAUUCAAGUCAACCAAUUCUAGCGGAUCAAAAGAAAGAAUCAAGUGGGGUUGAUGUGGUUGAGAAGCUAGCAGAAGAUGCAACAGUUGAAUUUGAGAAGGUUGAAGAAGCAAAUGAAACAAAGAAUGUGCAGUCUAAAGACAAUGAUAGCAAAAAUGUGCUUGACGAGGUUUUAACUCAGCAAGAUAAAGCAGAUGUCAACAGCUACGUUAUUACUCCAUCUGAAGUUAUAGAAAAAUCAUUUGAGGGAGCUGGGAAAGAUGUUGAACCUGCGGCAGAAAAUGAAAAGGCAGAACACAUAAAAGAUGAGACACCAGGUACAGUUGAAACCAAGAAAGAAGAUAAUGUAGAAGAGAAGCAGGAUGAAGUCACUACAUUGGUUACUGAACCACUUGGAGAAUCCAAGCCAUCUGAGCCAGAAGUGAAAGGUGAUGAACCUGUUACAUUGGAGAAAACCAUUGAGGAUGUUGCAAAAUCUGAUCGAAAUAUAGAGCCUCCCGCAAAAGAUGGUGAUGACACAAAGUCCUCUGAAGACCUGCCAAAAGAAGUUCCAGCUAAGCCCUCUCAAAAACAAUCAAAUACCAUUUUAUCAAAGGUCAAGCAGACACUUGUGAAGGCAAAGAGAGUUAUUACCGGGAAAUCUCCAGGCUUGAAAACCCCUGCCUCCGAAACCAAGGAUGAUAUUAAAGUCAAAUAGCAGGAUGCAAUCAUAUAUUUGCAGACCUCCUUCUUGUGGUCUCCCUCAUUCUUGUGAUUCUUUUACUGUUGUCGUUUGUCGGUUUUGCUGCUCACUCUCAGCUCUUGGCUUGUAUGUUGAUGCUAAAAAGGGUGUGUGUGUAUAUACUAUAUAGAAGAUAUAGGUUAUGCCAUACUCAGUAUUGUAAAUUGGGGUGUGUGUGUGCGCGUGUAAGCGAGUGUGUGUAGAAGAUUUAGGCCAUGCCCUAGUAUUGUAAAUUGGUGUGCAUAUUGGUAGGUGUCUUCCCCUUCUGAGCCUAUUGUUGAUUUCGGUUGUAACUACUCUCUGAGUGCUUGAUUUUUGAAUUUGUUGACAGUAACCAGGAAUGAAUUCUACUAUUGUGAAA